AUGCAGGAGGGGGCCGAUUUAGGGCAACAUGUGAAUAUCUUAAAUCAGGUUGUCACGGAUUUGGCUUCACUCGAAGUCCAGAUUGAAGAUGAAGACAAGACGAUGAUUUUGCUGUGUUCGUUACCUCCUUCUUACGAACAUAUGGUGACUACCCUUACAUAUGGGAAAGAGACGAUCAAGACUGAGGAGAUUACUUCAGCAUUGUUGGCUCACAACCAGCGAAAACAGAAAUCUGGAGAGUCAUCUUCUAAAAGUGAUAGCUUAUAUGUGAAGGGUAACCAGGAUCGUGGAAGAAGACAGGGGCGGGAUAAUUUAGGAAAUCGGAAUUUGAGAUCCAAGUUGCGAGACAAAUCGCAGGGGAGGAAGACUGCGACGUGUUAUAAAUGCAAGGAAAAAGGGCACUUCAAACGGGAUUGGCCAAACUGGAAGAAACAAACUGUUGAUAUGUCAUCUAAGUCUGCGAAUGUAGUACAAAAUGAGGAAUCUGAUUGCAGUGAUGGAGAUAUGUUAUCUAUUUCGACUGCGCAGUAUGAUGAUGCUUGGAUUCUCAAUUCUGGAUGUUCAUAUCAUAUAACGCCUAACAGAGAGUGGUUUGCUACUUAUAAACCAGGUAACUCGGGUUCUGUUUUUCUUGGUGAUGAUCGAUGCUGCGGUAUUGUCGGGGAGGAUCACUACAGGGAACAUUUUCAAACUGUUGGGAAGUACAGUUGUAGGUGGAGCCCAUUCUGUGGAGUCGUGUGA